UAUAUAAAAUACACGUCUGCACGAUCUUCUGUUCUAUGGAGGGUUAUUAACGCUCGAUACCGAGGACGCUCCGUACGGAAGGUCAUUAUGUAAGGACUGUGGAUUUGAUGUGUUUCAGAGUUUUGGGGCGAGUCCCCCGACAGCGAGGAUGUGGAGCUUCACCUGGAAGGUCUGGGGAAACUGGACCACCCGGCGCUGAUGCAGCAGUGGUUCCUGUUGGUCCAGCAGAAGAACUGCCUGCUCCGAUACGAGUCUGAACUCAUGAUCUCGGCCCGGGAGGUGGAGUUGGAGGACAGGCAGAGACGCCUGCAGCAGGAGCUCCGAGACCAGAUGGCCGUGGAAGACCACCUGAAGCCGGAGGUCCAGCUGCUGGAGGAGGUUCUGGUUCUGCAGGAGCUGCUGGAGGUGGUCCAACAGAGAGACUCUCUGGUGGCUCAGCUGGAGGAGCACCGGCUGCAGGACCAGGACCUGGAGGGGGUCCUGAGCCAGGGACUCGGUCUCACCUGGCCCUGAACCAGAGGACCAGGACCUGGUUCACCUUUGAAUGUUUCUGAGAUCCAUGAGGAACAGAAAGUCCAGUUCUUCAGUUAUUUUUGAGAGUUUUGGACCGGGUCUGGCAUGGAGCAGAGCCGCCCUACAAAAUGAAAUACUUAGUAUUAAAUGUAUUUAUUUGUAUUGUGCCAUCAGCUGUG